UGGUUGGUUACAUCGCCACCACAUAGUCGACUAACAUUCCGUGUCGAACUUCUGCUGCGAGCAGAUCCCAUUUCAAUUAAAAAUAUAUACGUUUUUCAGUGUCUGGACGGAUAAGUGUGGUGUUAACUAGGAAAAAUUGUCUCGUUUUCUUGCUUUUUUUUCUUGCAAUCUUAAACUGUGCAUUUAUUUUUCUUUUUUGGAAAAAUAUUUAAAAACAAAAAAGAGUGAUAAUCUGUCGAGAGUAAAAGAAAAAUAAUGAAUAAAUUGGUUCAAACUGGAGAACGAUAGCGAUAUUCGAUGGAGAAAGAACGAGGAAUAAGUAAAAAUUGUGCAAAUUAAUUUUUCUUAUAACUCGGUACAUCGUCAAUCAAUUAACUGUGCACUCGUGCAAUUUUCUCUCAAUUUCUACCUAUAAUUUUUUGUGGAUUCUAACUUUCAAAUUGGAUUUAUUUUUCAUCCAUUGUUCGACACGUUUUUCCGUACAUUUUAAAUUAUUUAAAAAUAUAUACCAUGUGAAGUGCUUGUUUGCAAAAAAGACAAUUUUAUCCAGCGUACGAUCAUUUGGAGAUCGUUGUUUUUUAAGUGGAUUUUGCAUCAGAUUUUGCAAAGAAAGUUGAGAGACAAGGAGUUGCAAUUGCAUUGGAAAUAUGCAUAAAAUUUCAUGAAGACGAUCUCGAUCUCAGUGCGGAAGAGUGUCCUAGAAAAGUGAUCAUCUUUCAACUGAAUUUGAUCUUGAAAAGAAAAGUCAGGAGAGAAAAUGUGCGAUCUCCUCGUAAGUUUGGUGUGUCUGUGAAUCAAUCCCAAGAAGUAAUUUUUGAUUAAAAAUAACGUGUUGAAGUAUUGAAAAAAUAUAUAGAUUGUGAAGAAGAGAGAGAGAGAGAGAAAAAACGAGCAGUGAUUCACAUUAAUUGAUUGGGGAUCGAUUAGAGUUGGUGUGGCUGUAAUUGUUACUUUAAAUACGGAAAUGAGAAUAAUGGACGAAAUUGUGAUACAAGUGCGUGAGAUGAUAAUCGCAUAUAGAAGAGGAAUAUUACUCGAAAGCAUGGCAAUUUUCACUCAACAGACAACAAUGUCAGCUUGAACAGUAGACAAGUUUUGGCGAUCUCAAAGAGUUGAUAGAAGAGUUUUCCGUUUUGCGGGGAGUAAAAACUCAAAUAUUAACAGAAAAGUUCGCGAAAAGUGAUCUGAAAAGGUGGACUUAAAUACUACUUCCACAAUGAAGGUCAAAGCGGCAGGAAAAAGGAUAUUUCGCAGGAAAAAGAGUAAAAGAAACUCUGAAGAGAUUGUGAAGCCAAAUGAAGUCACCGAAGGCGCCCUCCAGGUUUGGCGAGCUCUGCCAGAGAAAAUUCGUCAGGAUCCCAGUUUAGCCAGUUUCCGGCAGGAGCACGAGCGUCUCCAUGGAGGCCUGCCCGGUGAUGAAGAUCCACUGCCCAAUGAAGAUAUUUCGGCUAAUGGAUCCACAAAUGAGGCUCCACUCAGCAGUGAAUUCGUCCAGAUCAAUGUGACAAAUGAGCUUGGCCAGAUGAAGAAUAUCUCUGGCCCAAAGGAUGACCAUCAUGAACUGACGGAUGUAGAUGACACAGAUGCCGUGACUGGUCAUAGGAAGCAAAAUAAAUGGGUUAAGAAUAUCAAAAUAGGUAUUCUUCUAGUAGUAUGGAUGAUAUUCACGGGGAUCCUAAUGUCGUCGACGGAAAAGGAGUUGGAGUUCAGACAAAUGGCUGUUCCAGAGGGUCAAAUAAAGACCUAUACACUUCAAGAAGCACCUGUGGGGUCGAGGGUAGGGGUUAUCCUACGAGGUGCUUUUUUGCCCGUUCACUACAGCAAUCUAACAGAAAAUCGACUAUCAAUUUUUGUUCAUUUGCAUAAUGCAACAGCACCUGUUCAAAGUGAUAAUAGUAGUCAAGUUCAGGACUUGUCUUAUUACGAGAAUGUAACUGAAGCUUGGCAUCUCACAGUUGUUCAAGUCGAUAUGAUCGACACAGUUCCAGAAUUGACCCAAAAGCAUAACUUCGAUGUUAGUCAAGUGGUGCUGAAUAAGGUCCGUAGUGGCAACGGUGUCCUUCAAAUCAGGAUGUUCACCAACAUCAACGCCAGUCUUCCCAUUCAGUUCGCCUAUGAUCCAUCACCGAUAAACAAAGAAGCUGGAAUCAUCUACGCAGCCAUUGUACUCCUUGGUCUCUACAUCAUGAUCAUCUGGGAGGUUGUUCAUCGUACAUUUGCCGCUAUGAUCGCUUCGACGCUGUCCAUUGCAGUUCUGGCUGCUCUGGAUGAGAGACCCUCGAUGCCUGAGCUGAUGUCAUGGAUUGAUGUGGAGACACUGCUGCUCCUGUUCGGUAUGAUGAUCCUCGUAGCGAUCCUUUCAGAAACCGGAAUCUUUGAUUAUUUGGCCGUCUAUGCAUACAAAAUCACAAAUGGCAGGGUGUGGCCAUUGAUAAACUGCCUCUGUCUCUUUACGGCAAUUAUGUCAUCAUUCCUGGACAAUGUUACCACAGUCCUCCUCAUGACUCCUGUCACAAUCAGAUUAUGCGAGGUGAUGGAACUCAAUCCAGUUCCUAUUCUCAUGUCCAUGAUUAUCUACUCAAAUAUCGGAGGUGCCUUGACACCUGUAGGUGAUCCUCCGAAUGUGAUCAUCGCUUCUAACUCUCAUAUUGCGAAGGCCGGCGUCAACUUCACAACAUUCACUCUGCACAUGGCACUAGGUGUACUCAUGGUUAUGGUCCAGACAUACUUCCAACUCCGCUACAAGUUCAAGAAUAUCAAUGAUCUGCGAUUCACAGAACCGCAAGAUGUGCAGGAACUGCGUCAUGAGAUUGCUGUGUGGCAGCGUGCAGCUGCAUCUCUUUCGUCAUACUCAAAGGAUGAGGAUCUGGUGCGGGAGACACUGCUCAAAAAGGUCAAUCGCCUUUCGAGGAUGCUCAAGAAGAAACUGGUGACCGGAUCGGUUCCUAUUGAGAGUUACAAGACCACACUCGAGGAACUUCAGGCUAAGUACCCAAUUAGGAAUCGUGUGCUGCUGGUUAAAUCUGGAGUAACAUUAGUCUUUGUAGUGGCAUUCUUUUUCUUGCAUUCCGUCCCAGAAUUGCAGCGUCUAUCGCUCGGUUGGACUGCUCUUUUGGGAGCAAUUCUAUUACUAAUUUUAGCUGACAGGGAGGAUAUGGAAGCAGUUUUGGCUAGAGUAGAAUUUUCAACACUUCUCUUCUUUGCCUGUCUCUUUGUCCUCAUGGAGGGUCUCUCUGAGUUGGGAUUAAUCGACUGGAUCGGGAAACAGACGGAAAAUAUAAUUUUGUCCGUGGGUGAAGAAUCUCGACUUGCCGUUGCCAUUCUGCUGAUUCUCUGGGUGUCAGCUAUAGCAUCAGCUUUUGUUGAUAAUAUCCCCCUAACCACGAUGAUGGUUAAGAUUGCCAUCUCCCUGGCUGAGAAUGAAGCUUUGGACCUACCUCUGCAGCCACUUGUUUGGGCACUGGCUUUUGGCGCCUGUCUCGGAGGCAAUGGAACACUCAUUGGUGCUUCAGCUAAUGUCGUUUGUGCGGGAGUGGCUGAACAGCAUGGCUACAGAUUCACCUUCGUUGAAUAUUUCAAAGUUGGAUUUCCAGUCAUGAUUGGAAGUAUUGUUGUAGCAACAGGAUACUUAAUGAUGGCACAUGUUCUAUUUACAUGGCACUGAUUGCUGUCGGUGGAAAAGUCUCUGCAAAUUCCUGUGCAAAAAGAAUCUAUCUAAACUAAUGUUAAGUUGCAUUGUGCUGAAGAUGUUUCUUUCCGUUGUUGUGUCUUUUUCACAGUUCCCUUGUUUUUCCCCGUUCUUUGUAUUUUUUCUCUCUGUCCAACUUGCAUUAUGAGAUCAUCAAAGUGGAUGGUACAGAAUUGUAUAGGAAAUAAUUUAAAUUAUAAUAGUAAAAAAAAUAAUGAUUGUUAUAGGAAGUUCUCUCAACACAAUCUAAAUUGGUUAAUUAUGUAGAUAAGCGUGAUGAUGAAAGGCAAAGUGACAUCACACACCGUUAUUGUUUUAAGAUUUAAGGUAAUAAAUUAGUGUGAAACAUUA